GUGAAGAUGCAGGCAGGAUCGGAAUCGCGAAUGAGCAUCCCUUAAUCGCGAGCGCGGCAGCGUCGGCGGCGAGACGAGUCGGCGCGCGGGAAUAAUGGCGUCAGGUGGCGGCGGGCGCAGGGACAAGCAGUUAGGGUGGCCGUGCAGCCGCAGACAAGGCAGAGCGCGAGCACCGCGCGGCUCGGGUUACGCCGCGACACCAGGCAUGGCCGUAAUUAAGGUCGGGCCUGGCGCAGCGCCCGCCUCCGUUCCGCCUUUCCGCGUGCGGAGAACGGCGCCGAUUGGCGGGCGCGCCGGCCUGGCGGGCACUCAGUGGCUGCUCAGCGGGAACCAAUGCCUCGGCGGCGGUAACGGCCCUUGGUACCCAGUGGGCAGUGAGUGAGCAUUCACCGCGAUCAGAGCAUGCCUGGCCGCUGUGAGCAUCGCUGCUGCUCGGUGAGUGCUAUGUCCAUGGAAUGAUGCUCGUGUCCGCCGAAUCGACCAACAGCUGCUGCACCGCUCCGGCAGCCGCAGUCGUCGCCACUUCCGCCUCCACCAGCCCCACGUCGGCCGCCAACAUUGUCUGGAAGAUGGACCCGCCACCCCUGGCAUCCCUGUCCUGCACCUCCUCGGCCGUAAGUCCAACAAACGCAGCAGCAGCUGCCGCUGCGGCAGCCGCGGCCGCCGCCUCCAGUCUACCCCCGCAACUCAGGGACCUAUAUGGGGCGGUCACCCCCGGCAGCCACCAUCCCCUCGCCAAUCUGGUGUCUCAACAACGCUUCCUGGAGCUGUCCAGGUUCGGCAUCAGACAGUACGACCUCGCCCAACACAUGUUGACGCAGCAAGGGGCAGUUAGCAAACUUCUUGGUGAGUUUCGAAAAGCUUCACCUUUUGAAAAUGGUGUCUCUGGCUCGCUCAGGCCUCCAGGUCUCAUCGGGGGCAGCAAACCCAAAGUCGCCACCCCGGCGGUCGUUUCCAAAAUCGAACAGUACAAAAGGGAGAACCCCACCAUCUUCGCAUGGGAAAUCCGGGAAAGACUCAUCUCUGAAGGCGUGUGCACCAACUCGACAGCGCCGAGCGUGAGCAGCAUCAACCGCAUCCUGCGAAACCGAGCGGCCGAGAGAGCUGCUGCCGAAUUCGCCCGGGCCGCUGGCUACGGCCUCUACCACCCCUACAGCAGUUUCCCCUGGCACCCGGCGGCCGCCGCUGCUGCUGCGGCCGCGGCUGCAGCGGCCACAGGCAGUCCCGGCUCCAACAUUUGGAACCCCGCGUCGAUAGGCAACCCGGCGAGCAGCGGUAGCAGCUCGGGCACCGGCGAGGGCGGUCUUGGCAGCGGCGCCGUCAGCUCUACCGACCUCCUGGGCCAAAGGCUCUGUGUGACGACAUUUUUCAAUUUUGCAGACGACAAGGAUGAAACGGGUUCCGUAGACUCGACAGAGGCACCCAAGUUCCGACGCAAUCGCACUACCUUUUCACCAGAGCAGCUAGAAGAGCUGGAGCGCGAGUUCGACCGUAGCCAUUACCCGUGCGUUAGCACGAGAGAACGUCUGGCGGCCAAGACGUGCCUCUCGGAGGCCCGAGUGCAGGUUUGGUUUUCCAACAGACGAGCCAAAUGGAGGCGACACCAACGCAUGAACCUCUUAAAACCCUUCAGCAUGCACCACGCCUCGUCGCCCCCGGUCUCUCCCUCCUCCCGCCCCCAAGGCCCUUCGUGCGGUUCCACCCCUGGCUCUCUUACCCCGCCGCCGUUGCGCCGCACGCUGCAGAUGGGCGGCGAAAAUAGCGCCUUCACCCCAACGCGCGGCAAGCUCGGUGGCGGCGGCGGCGGCGGAGGUGGUGGCUCUGAUGCCGCCUCCGACGACGAGAUGAUCAACGUGCACGACGACGAUGACGUCGGCUCAGACGACGAGAGACUGGACGUCGUCGGCGACGCCGACGACGACCGCUCGCACGCGGCCGCCCCCGCGGAGGCGGCGGCCACCCCCACCUCCGGGCCGCCCCAGCUGACGAUGAGCGCGGCCGAGCGGAUUGCCGCUUGGAGGCAGGCAGAGCUCGCCUCCAGACUCUUCCUCCAACAGCAGCAGCAGCAGCAGCACCAACGAAACUGAACAACAAAAGCACAUCUCGCUCUUUUAUCCUUUCUUAAUUACCGCCCGAUUGAUUAAUGUACUCCUGAUUGAUUGAUUGGUUGAUUUUAUCGUCUCUCAGUAUACAUAAUACCAAAUGAUGUCCGCGCAGAGUGUGAAUAAAUGUGUUA